ACCCAAAUUUGUUAAUGAGGUGACCAGCAAACGAGGAUAUUGACCAUAACGAUUAUGACUUUCAGGUCAGUAGUCUCGUCCGGUCGAGGAUCAUCAAAGCAAGUCUCGUCUAGACUCUAGUCCUCUUUAAUAGCGAAGACCUUGAGGCAAACUUUCUUGGGAAGGACUCCUGAUAACCAGUAGAGAGCUAUUGAAGCUGGAUUAACAUUCAGAGAAAUAAAUGUGAAAGUCAAAAAAAAAAAACGUUCGAAAGAGAGAAUCCAAAUGUGAAAAAUCAGAACACAUAAGCAAUGACGUCAUACUUGAUAAGUUGAUAUCAUGAAUUCGUGGCACACUGGAGAAGCCACUAUAAAAGCGGCCGCGUCAUCGAUAAACCAAAGAAGAAGCAAUAACAAAAUUUGGUGAAGUCAGAAGAAUCAACGAUGACGACGGCGACGAACAAGCAAGUUAUAUUGAAAGACUACGUGAGUGGUUUCCCUACGGAAUCCAAUUUCGAUUUCACUACCACCACCGUCGAACUUAGGGUUCCGGAAGGUACUAACUCUGUUCUGGUGAAGAACCUAUACUUGUCAUGCGAUCCUUACAUGAGAAUUUGCAUGGGGAAACCUAAUCCUUCCACUGCUGCUCUUGCUCAAGCUUACACUCCCGGCCAAGUAAUGAUGAUAAUGUUUAUUUUGUUUGGUUUGCAUGUGAAGAAACUAGAUGCUUCUUAUUGAUGUAGAAACUACAUGACAAUUUGGUGUUCUUGAAGACUCUGAGAAGAAAUUGUGUCUCUUCGGGUUUUUCUUUUCGCUAUCUCUAUCGCGUUGAGUCUUCUUGUUUCCAUUGUGUUUUUGGUGCAGCCAAUAGAAGGGUACGGAGUGUCUACAGUGAUAGAAUCUGGGCAUUCAGAUUACAAAAAAGGAGACCUACUCUGGGGUAUAGUUGCAUGGGAGGAGUACAGUGUUAUCACUUGACUCACGAGCAUUUCAAGAUCCAACAUACUGAUGUUCCAUUGUCUUACUACACUGGACUUCUCGGUAUGCCUGGUAUGACCGCAUAUGUUGGGUUUUAUGAGAUCUGUUCUCCAAAGAAAGGAGAGACAGUUUAUGUGUCAGCUGCAUCUGGUGCUGUUGGUCAGCUUGUGGGACAAUUUGCUAAGAUGAUGGGCUGUUAUGUUGUUGGAAGUGCUGGUAGCAAAGAAAAGGUUGAUCUCCUGAAGACCAAGUUUGGGUUUGAUUAUGCAUUUAACUACAAGGAAGAACCUGACCUUAGUGCUGCGCUCAAAAGGUGUUUCCCUAAUGGCAUUGACAUAUACUUUGAGAAUGUAGGAGGCAAAAUGCUAGAUGCAGUGCUUAUGAACAUGAACAUGCACGGGCGUAUCGCUGUCUGUGGAAUGAUCUCACAGUACAAUCUUGAGAACCAAGAAGGUGUACACAACCUAUCCAACAUAAUCUACAAACGAAUCCGCAUUCAAGGCUUUGUAGUGUCUGAUUUCUACGACGAAUACUCAAAGUUCUUGGAGUUUCUGCAUCCGCACAUUAAAGAAGGGAAGAUAACGUACGUGGAAGAUGUAGCUGAUGGGCUCGAGAAAGGUCCUGAAGCUCUCGUGGGACUCUUCCAUGGUAAGAAUGUUGGGAAACAAGUUGUUGUUAUUGCUCGUGAAUGAUGAAUACUUUAAUUGGGAGUAAGGUUUUAUUGCUCGUGAGGGAAUAAUACUUAUUUGGGAGAAAUGUUAUAUUUAUCCAACAAGAGUUUGUAUGGCUGUUGAACCCAACCGUGAGUUUUUGGUUUAUGAAUAAUAGUAAUUAUAGUAUAUACAGUAAGAUUAAUUUGUUUGUUAUUGGUUUUAUCAUUUUAUGUGACUUGGUUCACAAAAUGUAUGUAAGUAGUAACAAACAAGCCAAAACCUCUCUCACAAAUCCAAAAAAGAAGCCUAAUACAAACCCAUGUUUCUAGCUCUUGUUCCCAAGUAUGCGUGUUUAAGCAUCAAUGAAUACAAUUUGUGCAACUCCUUUUCUUCUU